AUGCACAGGGCAUUUCCGGAGGACUCUCCAGACUUGGAUGGAUCUUUGGCCUCUUUGAAGCUGGAAGACGACCAAGAAAAGGAUGAUCCAGUCCUCAAUAAGACGUACACCAAGAAGAAUGGCGAGAGAAUGAGCGAGGCUUAUGAAUAUUUGGAGUUGCUCAAUUAUCCGUUCGAGCAUUGGUUGUAAGUUGUCGUUUUGGAGACUAAAAUGCUUUCAGCUUGGACCAUGAGCACUCGGAGUCUGAGAUCAAGAAGAAUUCGGCCAAGUUUGAUUCCAGCAUUCUGAUUCACAGGGAUAAACAGUGAGUUGUUUGAUUUUGGUCUGAAUUUAGGUAGAAAAGAUGGUGUCAACACUGGUAGUGGAGGGCUUAGCUUUGUUUGCCGGUGUGGUAUUAACAAUUUUUUAAAGAAAAUUUCAAGUUAUUCUGACGUUUUGUAUUAGAUAUAUUAUAAUCUCAGGCCGGAGCAACGAGAUCUCAACAAUUCCUUUUCUACCGAUGACUCCACCAUUUCUGAUGAUGUGUUUAUGCCCGAGAUCUACCGCAAGAAGAAGCUCUCGGCUUAUGAUGAACCCCCCACUCGCCGAUCUUCUGCUGAUGCCGCUGAGGAAGUUCUCAGGCGUCUAAAGUCAUAUCAGACUAGUAGAACUCCUUAUGAAUCACACUACAAUCAUGGUCAUGAGAUCGAGGACGAAGUUUUUUAUCGAGAAGAUGAGUUGGAUCGGCUUUUGAGAUCCGAAUUGGGAUAUAUGAGAAGAAAUGAGCCUAUAAGGGAUGUCAGGUAAGGAAAUAUUUUUAAAAAGUUGAUUUUUGUUUGUAUUUAAUGUGCUCGAUCUUACUCUUACUUUCCAGACAUCAUGCUCACUCUCAUCGUCACCAAAAACGAAGAGGUCAUCGUCAUCGAAAGGACGAAAUCGAAGAAAUUCGAAAAGGAAUCCGAGAUUGCCGAGUUGAAUAUAAAAAGUCCAAGAAUCUGGCCGUUGAGACCCUGAAGAAGGCGAUUGAUGAACGACAGAAGUCUCGGGCAUCUUCAGUCGCCUCAUUUCACUCUCGACCGGCCUCAGGACUCCUUUUGAGACCAAACAAACACCGAAAAAGCGUCGAUCUCAUCCCUCUCAUGAAGCUCUGA